CAACUCUUUCCAAUUGACGCACUUUCGGUUGCUUGUUGUUCAAAAUACUUGUUUGUUUUUUUUUUUGAGACAAAAUGUCAUCGCUGGAGGCCUAUGUGAUGCGCAUUAAGCCGGCAAUUGAUGAUUUCGUUAAACAGCCCAGCAAAACGACAUUGGCGAAGGUGGAAAAGGAAGUGAAAGGAUUUGAUUUUGGACAAUCGCGCAUAUUUCAGGUACAAAUUGUGGUGCCACUUGUGAUCAAGCUAGAUGAACUCGUUGGAGAAAGCCAGGAGCUGCGUACCAGCUUACUAGACUGCCUGCGGUAUGUUGUUUCUCAGUUGCGCCUUUCGGAUGAGAAAGGUUUGCGCUCAAUACUUGUGGUGGCAUUGCAGCAGUUGCGCGACUCAAAAGGCGCCACAAUGCGACCCAAUCUCUCCGAGGAAAUUAAGCUAGCGGCAGUCCUUUGCAUGACUGAAGCAUUGCGACGAUCCGCUAGCGAUGUGUUGGAAGUAUUUUACACAAAGGAGACGACGAUUGUAAUAGGACAAAUACUGCUUACACUGUUGGAGCUCAUACAGCAGGAGAAGUAUCGAAAAUUGGUCAUUGCAUCUCUGGAUUGCUUGAUGGUUCUUUUCUACGUGCACGAUGAGGCCGAAGCAACGGAUGUGGUUCUCCGCAAUCAAGUAGCAAAUACCAUAUUCAUAUUCCUGCCCAAAGUCGUUACAGUGCUGUUCAAGGCAUCCAAGGCGGAUGAUAAGAUGGGCGAAUCCAUCAAAUCGAUGGCCAUCAAAGCCCUGGGUCGUAUCACCUGCAUUAUGUUUGAGGAAACUACAGAUGAGUUCUAUAUGACACGCUAUGAUGUGAAUGCAUUUCAAGCGCUAUUUAAUGCGGCGCCCGUUGAGAAAUCGAAUGAUAUACACAUUUUUGGCAGCAAGCGUUUCAAUCUUGAGCAAAACGAAGAGCGACUUAAGCAGCUUCAAGCAAAUCUACGCUCAGCACAGUGGAUUGCAGCUACAUCGCAACAUAUGAGUCCGAUUUUCUUGGAAACAACAAUACUGCGAGCCCACGAUAGUGUUAAAGUGCGACAAGCGUAUGCCGAGAUUUGUUGUCUUCUGCUCAGAAAUUGUGCGCACAAUUUAAAGCACAACUUUACCCACUUGCUGGAGAGUGUGCUGGCAUUGUCAACUGAUGAGGAACCGUCAAUUGCUGAGCUGUGUCAAGCGACACUUUCGCAUCUGCAACAGCAACCCAGUUUGUCAGGAAUCUUCGACGAGAAUGCGGAACUUCUGCUGGACGCACAUCUCCACAAGUGGCCACGAAUUCUACAUCGCUGCGAUGACAGCGAACAGUUUGUCGAGCUGCUCUUCUUCAAAGGACUCUUGCGCAAUCUCAGUCCUGACAGACUGCAACUGCUGUUGUUGGUGCCCAAAAACCUGGAGCUGUUUGUCAUGUGUCUGCUGUCGGCGCUUAAUCAGCGUACAUCGCGAGAACUGCUUAAUGAGGAUUAUUCUCUCCGACAAAUCGUUGAAGGCAGUACUAGGGACUUGGCUGCACAGCUCGAUAAAUUGCCUUGGCGGCAGUUUAAAUAUCUCAGCUCUAAACGUUGUGUUGAUGUCCUUUACGAUAUUGCUGAGCUAUUGGGCGCUGAGCCGACUAUAAAUCAUCUAAUCUUUGACUUUUGCCAAGAGUUGAUCGAGCAACACAGUCCAGUCAUGAAUGAGUCUAUACUGUUGCUGACGCUUAUGGUGACGCCACAGCAAAAGAUUGCACGAGGAAGUCGUUUAGUGUUGGCGGAACUUUUCCUGGAACAGCUUCUCGCUGAUGAGCACUGGCAAUUGGCACUGCAACCGGAUGCAGCCUGGCGACUUAAAGUUGAUAAGCCUACCUCUUGGUUUAAGGAUCACACACCUGGCUUAUACUCAUCUGCUCUGGAGGUGCGCACUCAGGAUUGUGACUCGGACGAUGAGAGCGAGCCAGUCAACAGUCGUGUGAGCAUUUCGGAUGCUCAAUUUAAUGUGCUGCAUACUUGUCUGGUUUUGGAUGCUUUGGGGCAUUGUGCUAAAUUUAUUGGCGAUACAUUUGACGGUCACAUAUUUCGCAGCUUGCACAGGGUAUUACUUAAACUGGCCAGCAGCAAUACAACUGUACACCAGGCAGCUACAUUUGCAUUCAUGUCUAUGCAGCUUGCCUUGAAAUAUGCACAACCAUCGCAUUUCAUAGAGUGUUCUACGGAUUACAUCACAUUUCAUCUCAAUACGUUGCUUAAGAGGUCACCGGAGUCUAGCGCUGCCGUUGACAUUCUCACCGUCGUAAUGCAGUACAGCACGCGUGGAAAUGUGCCUCAUUUGGAUAGUAUUUUUCAAACUAUAUGUGAUGAAUGCACCAAGUUGCAUCAGACAGACAAUGUUCAUUCCUACCUGCGUGUCUUCAAUGCAUUUUUGAGACAUGUAUCAAGCUGGCAAACUAAUGCAGCACAAGAGAUUGGCGACAUUCAAAUGCAAGUGGAUGAGGUGCAAGAUAUUUUAAGUAGUUGGCUAAAUGUACUCAAUAAGCCAUCUCCCGACGGGCCUGUUGAUUUGGAGAGUGCGCCAAUCGAAGAAGCAGAUGUAAAUAUGCCCGAAACAGAGGCUGAGGAUCCUUCGACGAUGGAGCCUUCAAAGCCUGUGCUGCCGCGUCAUAUUGAAAUGACUAAGGAAAUAUUGGGACAGGCUAUUAGAUUUCUCUCAAACACCGAACAGGCACAACAAAUUCUUGCACUGGAUUGCCUUGCCACCGGUGUCCCACUGCUCGCAGACUAUGAGAACGAACUGUUGCCUCUGGUUCAUUUGGUAUGGUUACCCCUUGUUGAAAAGUUCCGUCAGAAGGAUUCGGUGGUGCUAAGCCGCUGCUUUAGCUUGCUACACAUUCUCGGGCUGCAUGCCAAAGAUUUUAUUUUAAAGCGUAGUCUCAGCGAUGUGAUACCACAGUUAAAACAGUUCCUCAAGGCAGCCAGCGUACACAGCUGCACGGAAAAAUCGUUGGCACCCACUCAGGAGUACAAGCUUCAGCUGAAACUAUUGCAGCAUAUUGCGCCUUUCAUACGCAGUCUACAGAUCGAGGGAAAGCACCUCCAUGACUUGCUAACCAUUGUGGCAUUGUAUCUGUCUCAGGGACAGCCCAAAGAAAUGCAGGAUCUUGCAGUGCAAGUAUUCCUUAAUCUAUUUACCUAUAACGGACCAUUUGUAUAUGUAACGCUGUUGCAACGGGCUCAUCUUAAGGAUUACAAGACCAAUGUGAAUGAAGUUUUUCGCAUUGUAGGAUUAAGUUUAGCAGCACCAGUUGAUGUCGAUCUAGAUCUUGAAUAAUAAAAGUCGAUUGGUAUCAUUACACAA